UAGUUCACUAGAGUUACGCGACGGUUUGACGUUCAAGUUCAAUGGCGUUUGGCGGGUGCACGUCAUUUUUGUUUACGAAAUUUUUAUAAAUAAACACAAAUCAAUAAUAAAUAAACAAAGUGUGCCUGCUUACGUACAUAUAAGUGAAUUAAAAAGGUGUUUUGCAAAUAUCGUUUGACUCAUGAAGAAAUCAUGAUAAUGCCAGCGCCGUCGGGCGGGUUUGGUGAACAAAUAGAGGAUUACGAAGUGCUGAAUUUAUUGGGAAAGGGGGGUUUUGCAAGUGUUUAUAGAGCAAAAUGCCUUCGAAGUGGCAUGGAUGUUGCGAUCAAAGUGAUCGACAAAAAUCUAAUGCAUGCAGCUGGGAUGCUGGGUAGAGUGCAGCAAGAAGUAACAAUUCAUUAUGCAUUAAAAAAUCCUGCAAUUCUUGAAGUAUAUACAUUCUUUGAGAAUAGUGAUUACGUUUAUUUAGUUCUCGAAUUGUGUCACAAUGGAGAAUUACAACGAUAUCUUAAAAUGCAGAAAUUACUUCCCUUGGAUGAAGAAAGUGCUGGACAUAUAAUUAAGCAAGUUGUAAAAGGAUUAGAGUUUCUACAAUCACAUCAGAUACUUCAUCGAGACAUGUCUUUAUCAAAUUUAUUGUUGACGAAGAAUAUGCAAGUUAAAAUAGCAGAUUUUGGUUUAGCUACGCGAUUAGCGAGACCAGAUGAAAAACAUUUGACAAUGUGUGGAACUCCAAAUUAUAUAUCACCAGAGGUGGCUAUGAGAUCUUCACAUGGUUUAGAAGCCGAUGUAUGGGGAUUAGGAUGUAUGUUAUACACAUUAUUGGUGGGAAAACCACCUUUUGAUACUGAUGCCGUUAAAAGUACAUUGACUCGCGUGGUAAUGGCAGAUUAUAAAAUACCAUCUCAUUUAUCUGCAAAUGCAAAGGAUCUUAUUGAUAAAUUAUUGAAGAAAAAUCCAAAAGAAAGAAUUAAAUUACGAGAUAUUGUUAAGCAUCCUUUUAUGUCGUCUCUUGAAAAACCUAAAAUUUUCAAUGUCAAAGGAAGUAUGUCCUCAGACUCGGGUCUUGGUUCAUCUGGUCGAAUAUCUUGUGCAAGUGGUCAAAUGCGAUUACGUUCAAGAUCAGAAGAAAGAACUUCUUGUGCACCUUUAUUAUCUAAUUUUUCAUAUGGUCGCGGAACAACAGCCAGUGCAACAAGUGAACCUAUAAACAAAAAUCGUCUAAAACGUUCAGAUUCUUGUCAGAUGAAAAAUUCCGUUCUUGCUGGAAUUCCUCUGCCUCCGAAAAGUAGAAUUUUCUCACAAUUUGAAAAUGGCAGCGGUAUAAUUCAAGAAAAAAGAAAAGUCCAAUUAAGUCAGAAACAAAAGAGAAAAGAACGAUUAUCUGAAGAUGUUGGCGAAUCAGAUCAAAAUAGUUCAAAUAAAUUGUCAGUUCCACCUUUAAAUUCGCAUCGACUUCCUCCUAAUAGGCACAAGACAAAAAAAGGAUUCUUCACUAUUCUCGAAAAUGGAGAAGUGUGUAUAGAGUUUUUGAAGAAAAAAGGAUUAACGGAGAAAAUAACGGAAGUAUGUCGAAUAUCAAAUGAUGGAUUGCGAAUAGUUUUGUACAAUGUCGAUUAUCAGGAUCCAGAAUCAUUACCAUUGCCAUUACCACAUCAAGGAGUGGAUAGUAUUUAUUCAUACGAGACAUUACCAUUGCGGCAUCAUAAAAAAUAUCUAUAUGCUGCCCGUUACGUAAAUAUAGUUAAGGCAAAAACUCCUAAAUUAACUAUCUAUACUUCUAGAUCGAAAUGCUUAUUUAUGGAGAAUAGUCCUAAUCCAAAUUGUGAAGUACACUUCUACGAUGGUAUAAAGGUACUGCAAGUAAAUGGUAUUGUCAAAAUACAAGAUAAAGAAAUAACUUACGAAGAAGCAAAAGUUCCAUCAAAAUUAGAAGAUCAUUUAAAUCAUUAUUUCGAUUGCUAUAAACAUUGCCGUGUCGUGGAAGCAAAUUUUACUUCCAUGGAAAAUGCAACUGGAUUUUCUUUUUUUCCUGCAAUUAUAGGACGCAAACCCUUAUCAGCACUUACGGACUCUCCCUGCUUGCAGGGCAAAGAAAAUGUAUCCUCUGCUAUGAACAAUCUACUAGUUAUGCCCUCCUUUGACGCAACUUGUUCUGUAGUAUCGACAACUGCUUUGCGGUCCAAACGAUUAAAUUCAGUUCAAAUGUCUUUCUCAGAAUUAAAUAAAGUUAUGGUUCCGGGUAUUGGAGUAACUACUCAAUUACCAUCAGGUGACAUAAGAAUUGAAUAUAAAGAUGGAUCUGCCAUUACUGCUAGCCCGCAAAGUUAUGGAGGUGGAAUUAUUUACCAAAGCAGCAAUGGAAAUGUGACAAAAUAUAAUGAAUAUAAUCCACAAAAUGUUGAUAUACCAUUUGCUGUGAGAGAAAAACUUCAACAUUUACCAACUGUUAUUAAGUGUCUCGUUCAGACUAAACAUAGGACAAUAAGAUAAUUUUAAGUAGAAAACUUACAGAUCUAGUUUUAAAAAUAUCAAAAUAAUAACUCAAGAUAUCGAACGAAUACAAAAAGUACAAUAUAUUAAAUGAAAAGUAAUUAUAUAAAAAUGCAGAUGGACUGACUACUCGUAAUUUGAUUUUAUUUGCGCUAUAUAAUAAUAAAGAUAUAAUAAUAAUUUUA